GCUCAGCUAUAGGAGCGUUGUUGUGCAGAGGCCGGGCUCGGGGAGGGGUUUAAAUGUAGGACCAGGGGGGCAAGAUGGCGGAUUUGUCGCUGGUGCAGGAGGAGCUGCAGGAGGAUCUGGACGGAUUUGGUGUGGAUGACUACAGCUCAGAGUCUGAUGUCCUUAUACCUUCAGCCUUGGAUUUUGUCUCUCAAGACGAGAUGCUAACACCGUUGGGCCGACUGGAUAAGUACAUUGCUAGUGAGAACACAUUUAACAGACAAAUGGUAGCAAGAGGUUUGCUGGAUACGCUGCGGGCAGUCAGCGACGAUGAAAAAGACUGCCUCGCAGUGCUCGAGAGAAUAAGUAAACUAGCAGAAGAUCCAGAAGCAAAUGUUCGUGCAGAGUUGAUGGAACAGGUGCCUCACAUUGCCAUAUUCUGCCAAGAAAAUAGGCCUUCCAUUUCUUAUGCUUUCUCCAAAUACUUAUUGCCCUUCAUGGUUAGAUGCCUUGCAGAUUCAAACAACCAGGUGAGAAAGACCAGUCAGGCAUCAUUGCUCGUGAUAUUAGAACAAGAGAUAAUAGAAAGAUAUGACGUGGAGACCAAAGUAUGUCCUGUUCUACUGGAUCUAACUGCCCCAGAGAGCAAUGAUGAUCUGAAAACAGAAACUGUAGCAAUAAUGUGCAAAAUGGCUCCCAUGGUAGGGAAAGCUAUCACUGAAAAAUAUAUACUGCAACGAUUCUGUGAAAUGUGCUGUGAUUGUCGGAUGUUCCAUGUUCGGAAGGUGUGUGCUGCCAAUAUUGGGGAUAUAUCUAAUGUUGUUGGUCGGGAAGCUACCGAAGAAUUGCUGUUACCAAGGUUCUUCCAGCUAUGCUCUGAUAAUGUGUGGGGAGUGCGGAAAGCAUGUGCCGAAUGCUUUAUGGGUGUUUCUUGUGCAACCUCUCAGGAAGUUCGUAGAACAAAACUGUCUUCACUCUUCAUUAAUCUGAUCAGCGACCCUUCACGUUGGGUUCGUCAAGCUGCCUUCCAGUCGUUGGGCCCUUUUAUCUCAACCUUUGCAAACUCUUCUGCUGCUGGUCAUUACUUCAAAGAGGAAGAUGUGCCUUCUUCCACGAAUGUACUGAAGAGUGAAGCAACUGAAAAGAAUGACAGUUCAAAAUGUGCAGCAGAACCAGAAAAAGUUGCAGGUGAAGCCACGGAACAAAUUCCAGGCUGUGGCACUGUGGAGUCAUUAAAUAGAGAUCCUGAACUCUCUCCGAAAGGUGAACUGAAGGGUGACAAUGAAUGGAGAAGUGAUCUCCAUCAAGAUCAGACAGCAUCAUUGCAGUCGCACUCUGAUUCCUACAUAUGCACUAAAUCUCAAUCAACUGAAGCAAACACAGUUUUCAAUGAAAGUUGUUUGCCAAAUUUACACUGCACACAUUCAGCGCAAUCUACACAAGAACCUUGGUCCAGUUCAGAAAAGAAUGAUGCUCCAGUGGACAUGUACAACUCGUUCCAUUAUUGGAGGACUCCUAUCCCGACAAUAGAUCUUGAUUUGGAACUGGAGCCACUCCAAUGUUCAGAUAAGCAAGAAAGAAAAGAUUCAACACAGACAGAAGCAUCAUUUGGUUGUCCAAGCUUUAGCACAGCUACCAGAAAAGAACUGGAAGAAAUGUUGGAAAACCUGGAACCACACAUAGAUGAUCCAGACGUCAAAGCACAAGUGGAUAUUUUAACUGCUGCACUGCAAGCUUCGGAUCUUGACUUUGAGGACGAAACAUCUGUAGAGUCACUGUUUAAUCCAACAAGGUUGCAAACGGAAUCUGCUGCAGUUGAUCCUAGAAGGGUUGAGCAAGACAAUGUGCCUUUAACUGCUGACAUUUCAGCCAUUGUUGAGGAAGACUGUGUUAGUGAUACAGUGCAUAUCGACCAAUCACACAUUGCACCACCCUUUUCUACAAUGGUAACAGAUGACCGCGUGUUUACCUACUUUGAGACGAAUCUGGAAGGCAGACUUCAGUUCAUCCAAGAUAGUUCAUGUAGAAGGCAAAGCAGCUUUGAAGACGAUAAGAAAUCUAAAAUCCAGGAUGUUGUUCCACAAGCAUUGCUAGAUCAAUACCUUUCAAUGACUGAUCCUUCACGUGCCCAGACUGUUGAUACAGAGAUUGCCAAGCACUGUGCCUACAGUCUCCCUGGUGUGGCGUUCACUUUAGGAAGGCAGAACUGGCAUUGCCUGAAGAAUACAUACGAGACAUUGGCCUCCGAUAUGCAGUGGAAAGUUCGACGGACUCUUGCUUUCUCCAUUCACGAUUUGGCAGUCAUUCUGGGAGACGAGUUGACUGCAGCAGAUUUAGUUCCCAUUUUUAAUGGUUUUUUAAAAGAUCUUGAUGAAGUACGAAUAGGAGUCCUAAAACACUUAUAUGACUUCUUAAAGUUGCUUCAAACAGAAAAAAGAAGGGAGUACCUUUCUCAGCUCCAAGAAUUUAUGGUAACAGAUAACAGCAGGAAUUGGCGCUUCAGAGCUGAUCUUUCCGAACAACUUAUUUUGCUGCUGGAACUGUACAACCCCAAAGAUGUGUAUGACUAUCUGCGCCCCUUAUCUCUCAGCCUCUGCGCGGAUAAGGUAUCUUCAGUCCGAUGGAUUGCCUACAGACUGGUGAGUGAGAUGAUCAGAAAAUUUUAUGCAGCUUCAACUCCUGCUUUAGCGGUGGACUUGAUCAAUGAACUUGUUGAUAAGUUUUGCCACAGUGUGAAGUGGUCAGGUCGUCAAGCCUUUGUCUUUGUCUGCCAGGCGGUGAUUGAAGAUGAUUAUAUCCCAAUCGAACAAUUUGCUGAGCAUUUGAUGCCACAUUUGCUACAGCUGGCAUCUGAUCCUGUGGCAAACGUCAGAGUACUGUUAGCAAAAACUUUGAGGCAAACCCUAAUGGAAAAAGAAUAUUUUCUGAAUUCUGGCAGUUCUCAGCAGGAAGCCGUAGAGCAAACUGCAAUGGCAUUGCAGGCAGAUCAAGACCGGGAUGUCCGAUACUUUGCCAGUGUACACCCCAACAACACGAAGCUUGGUGACGAUGCUAUGAGCACAGCUUCCUCCACGUAUUAAAAUCGGCGCAUGUUCUCCAUGCUAUCAGACUACAGACUGGGAGUCCCUGACAAGUGCUUUAAACAAAUGCAUCUGUUGGAACCUGCUGAUGGAGUGCUCCAGAAUACAGCAAGAUAUCUGUUCAAUAGAUCGAACCAUGGGAUUUUACAAACACAGUGACCUGUCCCAGCCCUUGAAUAACACUGAGAUUCAGUUAGACCCUUGCUAGUCGUGGGUGCGUGACUUCCAUUUUAUGCAUUUUGACGACUGAAAAGUUCUCAGAGGAUCAUACCACCGAAGCCUUAAACUCCUGCAUCAAACUAGAAAUCUGGAACACCUGGAGACUCCUUCAAUGAGGGAUUAUCCAUGUUGAGUCUUAGCAUUCUUUCCAGAAAAUGUUAUAAGAAUGUUACUGACAAUUUUACUCUAUAAGCAACAAUUAACUGCAUUUACAAAGAAUAUGAACCAGUAAAGUUAAUGCGUAUUUAUCUUAAUGCUGAUUCAGAACAGUUUUUCUUUAUCUGUACUGGUUAGAGGUUUUACUUUUGUACCGGAUCAAUUAUACCUCAUUUAAUUUGAACACGGACAUUAGGAUUGUUUUGGGUUCUUACUGUUGCCCAUUCAUAUUACAGCAAAUUUCAAUCUAGUGGGUAUGAAAAUAUGGCUGCCACUGUUUUGCAUUGACUCUCUUUAACCAACUUGUUUAUAACUUCCAGUGGGUUUUGUUCUACCUACUUUGACUGUUGCACAGGACUUAACAGAAGUAACAUGGAAAGAAAUAAGAGGAGGAAAUGUAUGCAUACCUGCAAAAUGCUUUUUAGAUUCCUGGUCCUAGCACAGAGGUACUAAGUUGCCAUGUGAGGGGUUGGUGUGCACCCUGCCAAAUUGACCUCAAUUUCAUACCUCUGGCUGAGAUGCACUUGAUUUAACUUUAGAUGCUGAAGAACUUUUUUCCUUUGUUUAGUUUGGUGUGAACUUCAGGAAUUGGAUUUAUUGAAAUUUACAUACAAAUCAGACUUCAAAUGAUACCUGGCAUCUUUUUACUUCUCUUCGCUCAAGAUAUGGACAGGAUGAUUCCCCAGCUUGGUGGAGAGGAGGGAAAGAGACCAGCAAGUCUGAGUAACUGCCACUGGACAGCUUUUGUCCACGUGAGGCAGUUUUGAUUUCAUAACUUUCCACUAUAUGUAGAUUCUGUUCUUAGUUCUGACAGCCAUCUUGUUUCAAGCUGAUGGUGAUUGUGCCUUAGUGGCAGCCUCCUGAGGUCUGUCUCAAUUGACUCGGUUCUUUGGCCUCUGGUCACUGCCAGCCUACAGUGAAUAUCCUGCGUGGCUUCCAGUAACAAGCAUAUAUUGAACUUGUCUUCCAUUCUUGCACGUCUUUCUAAACUUUCAGGCUUAGUUCUAAUUUUAACAUCCAUCGAAAGGUCACAUUGGCUGCAAACUGUAGAUGGAAUGGCAGAUUCUCAUCAAUCCCAGGAACUCGGACCAUUCAUUAAACAAGUUUGGGGUGAGAUUGGCUAAUUAUGAAGUGGAUAUUGUCAUCUUGAAUAGCUCUUUGUACAGUGGCCAGCUCGUGAGCUCUCAUGUGGUGGCUUCCCUAUUGUCUAUCUGAAGAAUUAGUGUUUAUUCCUCCCCCACACCCACCUCAAGCCUUGCUGUUGUGGCCUGAAAGUGUAAAUGUGGUAAGUAAUUUGGUAUUGCUGUGUUCCAGAUCAUCCCGCAGCUGUCAGUCAUCAAUGUCCCACCUCCAAUUCCGGCACGGGUGUUGUAUAUCUGUUAGUGGGGGUUGAAUGUCUAAAGACAACAUUGUGGAUUACCAACGGGUCUCCCUUAUUGUUUGAAUGAAAUUCAACCUCCCACACAUAAAUUGCUCACUAUGUCUGUUAGUCUGCCUAAUCUCAGGUGGACGCACCUUGAGUUGAAAACUAGUGGCUCGAUGGGUCUUACCUCACUUCAGUUUGAGGCCUCGUGUAGCUACCUUGGGUAAAAGGAUCUCAUUCCAGGCAAAUUGGCUUUCAUGUACAGCAGGAUCGAGAAUGUUCAUCUGAUGCUCUGCACAAUUAACAAUGUUAUUAAGCAGAAUUGAUGUCUUGCAUCCACCCCUUCCCUAUGACCAUCACUACUUGCAUCACCAAGGAGAAAUCAAGAGUUGAUCCGUUCCAAGCAUGGAUCUUGGACUUAUUUGGGGGAAAUGAGGUGUUGCCGUUGGCAAGUAAUCUUAAUAUCACAUGCUGCAAAGUGUGAGAAGUAGUCAGAUUUCUGCAAGUUUGAAUGUGUGCAGUUGGAACUCGCACAGGCUUGGGCUCAGCAUUAACACUACAAAGUAGUUAAUCAUUUUAAAGUACAGCACAUUUCUGUGUGUGUCAUGCAGAAUUGUCUUUUUCAUGCUGGUCAUGUCCUGCGGAGUAUGUUUGAAUUGGAUGAGCACACAAGCUUUAAGUCUGAAAAUUCAGGUAUUUUAACUUUUUAUCAUGAUCGGCUGAAUGCUGCACCUUUUUGUAUGUACAUAUCUUGUGAGCACUCUGAGUGCCUGUUGUUGAUCAUGUCAUAAAAAGCAGUUGUGAUACAAGUUGUUCUGUACUUGUCCAAAUAAAAAUAUGCAACCACAUUUCUUCUUGUUUAAAGGUU